AGAGAAUACAAUUCGAUGGCCAUUCACCAAAUUUUCAUUACAAGCUCUUGGUCCAAUAUUUUUUAACUCAGUGUGAGUGAUAAGUGGGAUGAUCCAUGAUUCAAUCACACACAGUUUCUUCCUCUGUGUCGAAACUUCCAAGAGAUAAAGAAAGAGAGAAGGAACAAAGGAACGAAUACAUGAUGCCAACCGCUAAGAAUUUAGCCCACAAUGACUACAAAGUUGGCUGGUUAUGCGCCCUACCACUCGAAAUGGCAGCCGCACAAGCCAUGCUCGAUGAAAUCCACGAAGACCUCCCUGUGCAACCAAACGACCACAACGCCUAUAUUCUCGGAAAGAUGGGCAACCACAACAUCGUGAUAGCCGGUUUACCCAGCGGUGAAUAUGGCCUUGUCUCUUCCGCUACCGUUGCUGUCCAACUACUGUCGACUUUCCACUGCGUGCGCUUUGGUCUCCUUGUCGGUAUUGGUGGCGGAGUGCCCAGCAAAACAACAGAUGUUCGUCUUGGUGAUAUUGUGGUUAGCAAGCCGACAAGAACGCACGGUGGGGUGAUGCAGUAUGAUUAUGGCAAGGCUGUGGCCGUUGCCGGUGAAUCUGAAUGCGGCGGCUUCGAGCGCACGGGGAUGUUGAAUCGGCCACCUCAGAUACUCUUGACUGCGCUUACGAAGUUACAGGCCAGUUAUGAUGUCAACGGGAGUCGUAUCCCUUAUUUCCUCAAGGAGGUAAGGGACCAAUAUCCCUCGAUGCAGGCUAAAUAUACGAGUGUUGCUGGAGGGCGCCUGGACCAGCUGUUCAAAGCUAGCUAUAUGCAUCCUAAAUCGAGGGACUCGUGCGAUCGAUGUGAUCCGUUGGAGACCGUUAUUCGGCCUAAGCGAGCCAAUGACCAUCCGGUCGUUCACUACGGUCUCAUUGCAUCAGGAAAUAAGGUGGUUAAAGACAGUCAAUUCCGGGAUAGGCUGGGCCGGGACUAUGGAGUCCUGUGCGUUGAAAUGGAGGCAGCCGGGUUGAUGAAUAACUUCCCCUGCUUGGUCAUCCGCGGGAUCUGCGAUUAUGCUGACUCUCAUAAGAAUAAGAACUGGCAGGGAUAUGCGGCUUCUGUUGCGGCUGCGUAUGCGAAGGAACUCUUGUUCGCAACUUCUUGCAGUGAGCCUGAUCAAAUGCGGAAUUUCAGUGAUGAUAUUAAGGUCCGGCCUCUUAUGGACCGCAAAGCCGAUCAGCGCGUGCAGGCUCAGCGACCUGUUUGUGGUAUUUGCGAAAGGUGCCAAUCUCUAGACUACUGCAUGCCUCUGGAUACGAAUUUACCGCUUACUCAAGUCCAAAGCGACCAAAUAACUCAAUUUAUAUCAAGCCAACAGAGUGUAGACCCUCUGCAGUCCCUACGCUUCGCAGCUGCGCUUAGCAGAAGACACACGAGGCAGGCCAGGUCCGAUUUAAUAGACAUUGGCCAAUUCUGGCUCCAUCCGAGAUUCCGAAAAUGGGAGUCGAAUAACCAGAACGACCUCGUCUUCAUCAAAGGCGAUUAUAAAAGCCACCAUGCGAUACGGUCCUUCUGUGUCGACUUCAUCGAAUUGGUCCGGAGGCAAAAUUCACCAGUCAUUUGGACACUGCAGGUUCACAAAUCCACUGCAUGUCCUGGGCCAAAUACAUUGCCAACAACCGAUGUUCUCCAAGAUCUCGUGUGUCAGACCCUGCACUUGAGCAAAUCGUUGCGGACUGAGAAGGACGCUUCUACGUGUUGCGCGCAGAUUUCUGACACCCAAAGUCCCAUGCAAUGGAUGGAUUUGCUUGGAAGAGCCGUAUCGUCACUGCCUAUGAUCUACAUCCUACUUGAAGUCAGUACCGCCGAACAAUUUUCCUGGGUAGAAGCCUUUCUCUGGCUUUUUGGCACGCUAAACAAGCGCGAGUGCAGGACACGGGUGAAAGUAGUCCUUGUCGCGGGUACAACUAGCGCAGCUCUCGAGUCUCAAAUGGAGCUACGCCUUGCUGAGCAGCAUCAGCUUGUCAUUCCGGCUCAUAGUCGGCGUCUACUAGGGCGCUCGGUUCCAAGGGGCACGUUGCUCGUACGGCGGAGGAAGUAUUAGUAGUCACAGCGGGUGCCUCAGGCAGCCCGGGAUCCGACCUGAUUAGGCCUAACCCCUUUGGGCCAACUCCCGUAUAACUCUCUUGGCAUCGCGGUACAUAAAAGACCCCUGCAAUCGCUGGUCUUCCUGACCCCCAGCGAUUCGUUUCUGAAUCAAUUAGCAUACAGCUUCUCCUUCCUUUUUCGUACAUCCUUUGUAGCUCGACAUCUCGUUGCUUGCUAGGACCUCGCCGCGGGUGAGGACCGACUGGCAUCCGUCACUGAUCCGACCUCGCCGCUUACAAGUAGUUAAUAAAGAGGAUUUCAAAUACAAGAAUGCUAAAUUAUGCCAUCUGCCC